AGCCCUUCUUCCUCUCUGCAAACUCUUCAAGUUGUGAAAAGCCAAGGGUGUCAGCUCCCAGCUGGAGCACGCUCGGUUAUUUGACAACUCAAGGGAAUUCAGGGCAACUAAGGGCGGUCAGAUUUUCAACCACGGUGGAGAUAUUAUCGCCACCUCCUUGCAUUGGGAAAUGCCGAAUGGUAUUGUGGUGAGGAAGGUGGAGCUUAGAGCACUUUAUUAACGUGAAACAUUGCAACUGCUUCAAGGUUGCAAGAAGCUUUGGCAUGCAGGGACUGCUCGAGUUCCCCCUGAUGUCCUAGUGAGUAACCAUUGUAUGUGAAACGCCCGUAUACCGGGAAAAUGCCUUGGAAUUCAGUCAAAAUGGGGAUUUUUAAAGUACCUGUGGUGGUAUUCCUUCUAACUGCAAUGGUAUACGUUACCAACUCUCAACGGAUUGACAAGGAUCAAAACUAUUCCGAUAUUGUGUUUCUGGUGGAUGGAUCUCGAAAUGUGGGAAAAGUGGGAUUUGGUCAAAUCCGGAGGUUUAUUCUGGAGGUUGUCCGCCAGCUAAACGUUGGAGCGAAUAAAUACAGGAUCGGACUUGCUCAGUACAGCGGAGAAGCACGUACUGAAUUCUCGCUGAACAAAUUCCAGACAAAGGAAGAGGUUACAAACUACUUACAGAGGACGUUCACCUUCAAGGGCGGAGCGGUGGCGAGGACAGGGCGAGGCAUUGGCUUUAUGCACAAAUACCUCUUUGUCAAAUCGGCUGGGAGCCGGAAGGAUAAAGGAGUUCCUCAGAUCGCCGUCAUUAUUACUGCCUCACCAUCACAGGAUGAAGUCGAAGCAGCUGCCAAAGCAUUGAAAGCUGAUGAUGUGAGGGCUAUUUCCAUUGGUAUAAGAAAGGCAGAGCAAAGUGACCUAAACAAAAUUGCCUUUCUUCCAAAUUACCCAUUUGUGAACAGUGCUGAUGGUUUUGAUAAACUUCUGCCGCUUGCUGGUGACAUGUCCACUACAAUUCAAACGAUCACAGGGAAACAUUUUGUGGUGAAAGAGCUUGAAAAACCAGCAGUGUGCCAAACCGCUUCGAUGGCCGACAUUGUUUUCCUUCUGGAGGAAUCAAACAACAUGAACACGACAAACUUUCAGCUGAUCCUUGCAUUUCUGAAGAAUUUCAUCUCGGUUCUCAACAUUGGGUCGGAGAAAGUGAGAGUGGGUUUGGUUCGGUACGGCAGAUCUCCCACGGCAGAAUUUUACCUCGCCACAUACCAGAACAAGGAAGACAUUCUCAGCCAUGUCAAAUCGAUCAAAGUCACACCUUCUGGGGUUGUAAAUGCAGGACAUGCUCUAAACUAUGUAAGAGAAAAUUAUUUUGUGGCAAGGGCCGGUAGCCGGAAAACAGAAGGAAUUCCUCAGAUUGCGUUUAUGAUCACGCACGGAAAAUUUGAUGAUGAUGUCAAGAAAUCAGCGGCUGCCCUUCGACGAGUUGGUGUUCUUGUAUACACCUUGGGAAUGAAAAGCACCCAAAAGAGCCAGCUUACAAACAUUGCCUCAUAUCCUCCUGAAAACUUUGUUUUAAGCAUAGACAGUUUUACAGUUUUAAAAGAUAUCGAAAGAAUUAUCCAAAAGAAAAUUUGUGUUGGGAUCGUCCAUUUGACAUCAGUAAAAUCUGAACACACAGAUCAACUGCAACAAAGUUGCGUUGAUACUGAGGAGGCUGAUAUUUACUUCCUGGUUGAUGGGUCAGGCGACUUAUCGUCCGAAGAUGUCAAGGACAUCAAAGACUUCAUGAAAGAUAUUGUCCGCGUGUUCAGCAUUGGUGCAACCAAAGUUCGAGUUGGUGUCGUCCAGUAUGGCUAUGCUCCAAGGACAGAAUUUGACAUUGUUAAAUAUACGAACAAACAGGAAAUAGUGACAGCAAUUAAUAAUAUUAGAUUUAUCGGAGGGGGGCAGUCGGUGACAGGACAAGCGCUGACAUAUAUGAAGGAUCUCUAUAGCGAAGCAGAUAAAAGUCGUAAAAUUCGAGUGCGCCGCUUCCUGAUCACCAUCACAGAUGGACAGUCACAAGAUGACGUUUCGAGGUCUGCUGCAGAAUUAAGGCAACGAGGAGUUGAUGUUUAUGCCGUUGGUGUGGCAAAAGCCAAACGGACUGAACUCCUACAGAUCGGAGGAGAAAUAGACAGGGUUUUUUACACAGAAAACUACGAUGCCUUGACGGAAAUAAAACACUCCGUUUUGCGGGAUAUGUGUUCGAAAGAAUCUUGCAGUAAACUGGAAGUGGCAGAUAUCAUUUUCCUCAUUGAUGGAUCAAGAAGCAUAUAUUACCUAGAUUUUGACAAAAUUACGCGUUUCAUAGAAACUUUAAUCAACAAAACUGAAGUUGGCAAAACCAGGGUCCAAAUUGGAGUGAUACAGUUCAGCACACAAUCGAGGCUGGAGUUCCGCCUUGAUCAAUACUCUGAAAAGAAUAAACUGCUGGAAGCUCUUCAUGACAUUAAACAGCUGAAUGAGGAGACCAGCACCGGUCGUGCACUGACGUUUGCCAUAGACUACUUUGAUGCCUCACAAGGGGGUCGUCCCGGUGAACGGCAAUACCUUAUUGUAAUUACAGAUGGGAAAGCACAGGAUGAAGUAGUAAAACCUGCUAAAGCCAUAAGGGAAAAAGGGAUUAAUAUUUUUGCCAUUGGUAUCUACAAUGCUAAUAACAGCCAGCUGGUGGACAUCGCAGGAUCCCAGGAUAAAGUUUAUCAUGCAGAGAAUUUUGAUGCCCUGAAAGACCUUGAUAAGUUGAUCUCAUUUGAAGUUUGCAAUCCAUUUGAAGCAUGCAAGAGAAUUGAAGUUGCAGACGUUGCAUUUGUGAUGGAUGGUUCGACCAACAUAACCAUACCUCAGUUUGAAAACAUGAAGAACUUUAUGGUGGCCCUGGUAGACCGUUUCGAGAUUGGCAGGGAUAAUGUUCAAGUUGGAGCCAUUCUGUACGGGAACUACCCGCAGAUUAUAUUCCAGCUUGAUAAAUUCACAAGCAAAGCCGAAAUGAGAGAUGCAAUUUUGCAAUUACAGAAGAAGACAAGUGGAUCCAGGUACACUGCCAAGGCACUACAGGCUGCAAAAGAACUUCUGACUCUAGAAAAGGGUGGGCGAAGCAGGACAAAAGUCGCCCAGUUUGUUAUUCUCGUUACUGAUGGACCAGCCCGAGAUGCAAAAGAUAUUCCAGACAUAGCUAAAUCCUUGAACGAUAAUGGCGUGGGAGUCUAUGCCAUUGGUGUAACUGGCGCCAACAAAAACGAACUUGUGACAAUUACAAGUUUUGAAGAGAAAUACUACUUUGCUUUGGACUUCAGUGCUUUGAAGGGGUUAACCAGAGUAAUCGCUCAGUUGCUGUGCAAUCAAACCAAACCUGGAUGUGAUAUCGAGAAAGCAGACAUUGUUUUCCUGCUGGAUGGCUCAGCAGCGAUAAAAGACGUUGAUUUCCAGAUAUUGAAGAAUACCUUGAAAGACUUCAUCAACUUGUUUGACAUGGGCGAUGAUCACUUCCAGUUCGCAAUAGCCCAGUACGGCACGGGGCAAAAGACCGAAAUCUACUUGAAUGAGUCUUAUUCACACGACACAAUAAGGGACAGAAUUGAUGGAAUGGUCCAGUUGUUCGGAGAAACAAACACCGGGGCAGGAUUACGAUAUGUGGGACACCUCUUCCAGCCAAAGCUGGGAAGUCGAAGGAAAGAGAAGGUUCCCCAGUACCUACUGGUGUUCACAGCGGGGAAAUCUAGCGACAGUGUGGUGGCAGCAACUAAUGAACUGAGGAAACAGCACAUUAACAUAUUUGCACUGGGUACUCAACAUGCAAACCACAAUGAGCUUCUGAAAAUCACUGGAGUGGCAGACAGAAAAAUCUAUAUGAACGAUUUCCAAGAGCUAACUAAAAUUAAAAGAAGAAUUGUCCGUAAAAUUUGUACUCCGAUCCCUCCUCCAAAAGAGGAUCCAGCGUGCAAAAUUGAUAUUGUAGUGGGGUUUGAUCUUUCACGUGGAGUUGGUUUACCGAACAUAUUUAUUGACCAACAAAUACUGCAAGGAAAGCUUGGACAAAUAUUACAGAAAAUCACUUCUGUGGAAAAUAUUUGUUGUGCUUCUGCUUCCCAGCUAAAUAUUAGAGUGGCCUUUCAUGUAAUAAGCAGCGGUGGCCUUACUGUCUUUGAAACUGAAUUUGAAGAAUUCAACCCAUUGAUUGUAAAUAAACUGCUGGAGUUGCAAACAAACGACAGAAUUGAACUGAAUGCAGAGUUAUUGUCAUCAUAUAUUGACAGAUUUAAGGCAUCAACUGCAACUGCAAAGGUAGUACUGUUAUUCACAGACGGAUGGGAUGACACCAAGGAGAUAAUUAAAGAGCAUGCAGAUCUAAUGUAUAAUAAAGGGAUUCAUGCGUUCAUCGCUGUGGCUCUGCAAAAUGCAGAGUAUUUUGAUAAAGCUGUGUUCAUUGACUUUGGAAUUGGAUCUGGAUACAAGCAACAGCUAUCGAUUGAAAUGGAUGAUAUUGAAAGUUCUUUGCUUAAAAGAAUUACGGCAGUUUCUGAAAUGAAGUGCUGUAAGGCCCAAUGUGUGUGCAUGGGAGAACCUGGCGGCAUUGGUUUGCAAGGACGUACUGGUCAGAAGGGUGGUACGGGUCUGAAGGGAUUUAAAGGCUACCCAGGAGAAGAAGGACUGGUGGGAGAAAGAGGCACAUAUGGAUACAAUGGGACUCGAGGAGGUGACGGAUGCUCUGGUGGCAGAGGCAGCAAGGGCAGAAGAGGUUAUCGUGGAGCCAAGGCGAGCGAAGGUGAAAAUGGUACUGACGGAAUAAAUGGAGCGCAGGGAUUCCAGGGUACUUCUGGCGAUUCUGGCGUGAAGGGCAACAGCGGUAAACCGGGUAAAAAGGGGAAAAAAGGACUUCCAGGUGAUCGUGGAGAGACUGGUUCACAUGGAAACCCUGGUGAACGUGGGGCUGACAGAAAUGCUGAAGGUCCACAGGGAGAAAAGGGAAAUCCUGGCCAAGUGGGUAAUCCAGGAAGCAUUGGUUUCACAGGAAAACAUGGAGAUCCAGGGCACCCUGGUCCUGACGGAGUGAGGGGACCACCGGGAGAUAAGGGUUCCCAAGCAGCUGCAGGUGAUAAAGGUCUCAUAGGAGAUCCAGGAAACCGAGGCUCGCAGGGGAUACCUGGUUCUACUGGACCUCCAGGUCAAAAAGGAGAACUGGGAGUCCGAGGUCGACAGGGCCAACGUGGAAAUCCGGGGAUUGAUGGAAUAACUGGAGACAAUGGUCGAACAGGGAGCACUGGUCAAUCUGGGAAUUCUGGAAAACAAGGUGUGGGAGGAAUAGGUGGACCCCGUGGAAUAAUGGGGAUAGAUGGCAAGCAUGGAUUUGGUUCCUCUGGACCAAAAGGCAGAGAGGGAGGACAAGGAAGCUCUGGAUAUCUUGGUUCGCAGGGGGCCGAUGGAGAACCUGGUAUUUCUGGGAAAGAAGGUCCCAAAGGAAUCAGAGGCCGCAGGGGUACAGCUGGCUGGGAUGGUGAGGCUGGAGAUCCAGGUGCGAUUGGGCCUCCUGGAGAAAUGGGCCUCAAAGGACAACCUGGCCACAGAUCACAAACGGCAUGUGAGCUUGUGAAUUACAUAAGAGACAACUGUGCCUGCAGUUCACAAAGAAGUGGAGCAUGUCCAGCCUACCCCACGGAGCUGGCCUUUGCUCUGGACUCGUCUGCAGAUGUCACUCCUGCUCUAUUUGAAAGGAUGAAGAAAAUUGUAAUUAAUUUCCUGCAGGAUAUUGACAUCGCUGAAAACAACUGUCCCACAGGUGCCCGCGUGGCUGUCCUGACUUACAAUAAGGAAGCCAAGUCUUUCAUUCGCUUUUCCGACUUUAAGAAAAAGCAGUUACUUCUGAAACAAAUAGAAGGACUAGGUCAUGAACGAUCAAGCAAAAAACGAAAUAUCGGCAACAUUAUGCAGUUCGUGGUCAGAAAUGUUUUUAAACGAGUUCGUAAUGGUGCCCUUGUGAGGAAAAUAGCUGUGUUUCUUGCUAAUGGAGCAUCCAAAGACAUAAAUGCCAUUUCCGCUUCUGCCUCACAGUUCAGUGCUUCAGAUAUCAUUCCAGUUAUCAUUUCCUUCAAAGACAUCCCAGAAGUAGAGCAGGCUUUUAAGGUCAAUAGUGAAGCAUCAGCUAAAGUGGUUGUAUUGCCAAGACAGCAACAAGAAGCCAAGAAAUUGUUACACCGACUCUUCCAGUGCACACUUUGCUUUGAUAUGUGUGAACCAAACGUCUUGUGCCUGGGAGAUGCAGCGAUAUCUCCUCUGCCUGUGAACCUGGACUUAGCAUUUAUUGUAGAUGAUCUUGAACCGAUGGAAUCCAUGUAUUCAGAAACCGUGAAGCAUUUCUUAAAUUCCAUGCUGAAUACAUUUCUAAGCUCCGCAGAACCAAAGGCUUCUGAACUUCAUCCCAGAGUAGCUAUUGUUCAACACUCUCCAAACCGCAGGCUGCGAUAUGGGAAGGAUCCAUAUGAGCUUGAAUUUGAGAUUUUGGAUUACACGACAAAAACGCUAAAGAAGAGGCACGUCCAAGACUCAGCCAGUCAGCCAGAGGGCUCCACUGACAUCAGCAACACUAUUGAAUGGACCCUGAAUAAUUACUUUUCAAAUCUCACUGAGCAGAAAACGCACAAGGUUAUCUUUACAAUACUUUCAGGGGAAAUGAACAUGGAUGACAAAAAGUUACUGGAGAUAUCACACAAAGCCAAGUGUAAAGACUUCGCAAUGUUAAGUCUGGUCCUUGGAAAGGUAUCCAACACCACAAUUCUGGAGGAGUUUGUCAGUUUCCCCGUUGAUCAACAUUUAGUUUACCUCGACAAACCUCUGGAGACUGAAGUGGAAAAUGCACAAAGGUUUGCAGUGACUUUUCUGAAAAACCUGGCAGCUGGAAUCAACAGAUAUCCCCCUCCAGAUAUUGCGAAGGAAUGCAAAGGAAUAAAACCUCAGGAGACAGUAAAGGAUGUAUCGCAAGGGCCGCCUAAUUAUUUACAACUGUACCAAGAGCCGCCUAAUAACCUACAACUGAUGGUUGUUAUGGAUGACGCUGAGAUGCCCAAAGGUUACACCAACAAUUACGAUACGUGUCUAUUGAAGCAGGAUGAAGGACUCUGUCAUAAUUACACCAUCAAGUGGUCCUAUGAUGCCAAAAAAGGUUGCGCGCGGUUCUGGUACGGUGGCUGUGGAGGAAAUGCAAAUAGAUUUGACACACAACAGGAAUGUAAAACUUCAUGUGUACAACCAUCCCCUUUGUAAAAUGCACCAGAAUAUAUUACGGUGUGUCUGACCAUCAGAUGUGGUGAAACAUGGCGUCAGGUUAAUUAAAAUGUUUUGCGCGGUUUCUUAGUAGAGAAGCAUGUUCAGUUGUAACAGACGCUGUUGAACUUGUUUCAGAACCAUAUUGUUUGCUCGCGAUAAUUCUGAAAAGGGAACGUCCGUUCUUCCAUGUACACAUAUUUGAAAGCAUGUACAUAAUUACAUAAAGCUGUAUAAGAACAAAAUUGCAAUGCUCAAGCUUUUGACAUUAAGGCAAAAUCAUGAUUAUUUGCAUUGUGACUGUUUAUGUUUACAUUGUAGGUGCAAACACUUUCAGAUCGUUCUUUCCACGUUCCACCCACACUUUAACAGCCUGAUUGGAUUAUAGAUUCAAUUAUCAUUAACUUGAAGGCUUUUUGACAAACAUUUUUCUCAGGCUAAAUAUUCAAUUACUUGAAAUAAAAGUUGUUUGCAUAAGAACAUGCAAAGCUUAGAACAUG